UGAACAGUCAUGUCGGCCCCGGUGAUGUCGGGGUGUGGGGUGGGGUGGGCACGCUGGCGUGUCUAGCCCCUCCAGGUCGGGGGAAGUGGAUGUUUGUGCCACCCUGCCGUCUCAACACCGUGAGAGAUUACCCAUGGAGCGGAUCGUUUUUCAACAUGACACAGUGCUGUCAGAUGUUCACGUGCACCUGCCCAUUGCACGCAACCUCAUGACUCGCCUCAGCAGCGUGGGACAGCCCGUGUUCAUGUCCACAUUUAAGAUCUUGGAACAAAGACAUGACAGCAAUGAUCCUGAGAAAAGUUUAUCAAAUGAUGGGAACCAUGCCGAUACGGAGAGAGGUGAAGAAUCAUCUCAUGGGCAAGAUGGGAAGGAGGUCGGUGAAGGACAUGUGGAGCCAUUCUUGGAUCAGGAUGGAGACCUGGACAUCACCCACCGACCCCGUAAAAACCCUGUGGACGGUGCUGUCAGGGACCUGGUGUGUCCAGUCAUCCUCAGAUAUUCCAGCGCUCUGCUGGAAGAGGAUUCCCAUCACCAGGAGGACGUCUGUUUACAAGAUGUUUUAAGGAUUGAGCAUACCAUGGCUACACCCCUGGAGGACGUGGGAAAACAGGUGUGGCGGGGAGCUCUCUUCCUCUCCGACUUCAUCCUCUCCAAAGCAGACAUGUUCAGAGGGACCACGGUCUUAGAGCUGGGAGCAGGGACAGGCUUAACCAGCAUCGUCAUGGCAACCACAGCCAGAGCAGUCUACUGCACAGACGUGGGAGAAGACCUGCUGAGUCUGAGCCGGAGAAAUGUGUCCUUAAAUAAACACGUGAUUGGGCCUGAAGGAGGGGAGGUGAGGGUGAGACGGCUGGACUGGUUAAAACACAGCCUUUGCACAGAUGCUGAUGAGGAGUUCAGCUGGACAGAGGAGGAGGUAGCUGAUCUCUACGACAACACCAGCUUCAUUAUCGCUGCUGACGUUUGCUAUGACGACGACCUCACAGACGGACUUUUCCGGACACUCUACCAUCUCUGCAGCAACUUCUCUCACACCUGUGUGAUCUUCAUAUCCAUAGAGAAAAGGAUGAACUUUACCCUGCAACACAUGGAUGUUUCCUGUGACGCCUACAAUCAUUUCCGGCGCUGCCUGUCCCAGCUCCAGGACCUGGCCGGGGGAGGCCACAGGUUCAGCGUGGAACAGGUCCAACCCAACUUUACACAAUUUCUGCUGUAUGACCGAGUUGAGCAACUGGAGCUGUGGAAGGUGACUGCCACUCCCGUUCCCUCGGAGACGACUCCGUCUGAUCCUGACCCGUCUGAUCCCGACCCGUCUGAUCCCGACCCGUCUGAUCCCGACCCGUCUGAUCCCGACCCGUCUGAUCCCGACCCGUCUGAUCCCGACCCGUCUGAUCCCGCUGCUUCCGGAAAAGUAUGAAGACAAAAUGCUCAGCUUUCCAUCGUUGCUGGACCCGUCCACUUACCUGCUUCGUCCUGCUUUUCUUCAGAAUACAGUUGAUUAUUUAUUUUCUUUCAACAGCUACUUUGCAAUGAUUGGUAAAGAAUUACAAGAAAAAGAGUGCAUAAUACUGUAGUCAUCAUGCUGAAUCUUUGAAAUGUACUGACAUGAAGUUCACCAUUGAUCAUAUUUACUUCUGAUAGAAAUAUUCUGUUCAAAAUAAAGAAGUUGUUUACAGUC